AUGAUUUGUUUCUGUGCUUCUCCCACCAACCUCACUGAUCAAUUUGCUUUGCUUGUAUUCAAAAAUUUUACAAGAGACACCAACAAUGUCUUGACUAAUAACUGGACCAUUUCAACUUCCUUCUGCAACUGGAUUGGUGUCACUUGCAGCCCCCGGAGGCAAAGGGUGACAGCCUUAAUCCUCCCUGAAUUGAAUCUGCAAGGGACCAUUUCACAAUCUAUCACCAAUCUAUCAUUUCUUGCCGUUCUAAAUCUUGGUAACAACUUCUUCCAAGGAAUUCUUCCUUCUGGACUAGGCCUUUUGCCUCGGUUGAGAGUAGUUGAUGUUCACAACAACCAACUUGAAGGAAGUGUCCCCUUGAGUUUAUUCCGAAACCAAAAGCUUCAAACAAUCUCUUUGGCCUACAACCAAUUUUCUGGUGGCCUUUUGGGACAGCCAUGGAAUUUACCACAAUUCAGAAUUCUCAAUCUUACCAGCAUGCUUUUACUGUAUCUUGGAUGUGUAGAAAAUAGCAUUGGAGGAGAUAUUCCUUGGGAAUUGGGGAAUCUGUUCAAUCUGAAGAUGUUGGGAUUUGAUUUCAACAAUCUUGUUGGUGAAAUUCCCCAAGCCAUUUUUAACAUUUCUUCUCUAAUAUACAUUGCUUUCACUGCUAAUCGCCUCUCAGGGCAUAUUCCUGAGACUACUGGCCUUCAGCUUCCAAACCUAGAAGGAAUUUUUUUAGCAGAUAAUCAACUCACUUGA